GCCUUUCAACGGUCUCUGUAGGAUUCUCGAUAACAUCCAACAGUGCAGAUCACGUACUUCAAAGACUUAGACAGAGACUCUGACACCAACAUGCUCUUGUUCCUCUUCUUGUUCGGUCUGGCUCUGGGUGCAGAGUCUCCUUCAGGUGACCAUCAAGUGCGGCUACAGCGUGGCAACUGUCCCAUGUUCUGGUACAGCUUCAACGGCCGCUGCUACAAGUACGUCGCCACACAUAUGACCUGGGCUGAUGCAGAGCUCAACUGUGUGUCAGAGAGAGCCAACCUGGUGUCUAUCCACAGUCUGAAGGAAGAGAAUUUCGUCAAAUCCCUGAUCAAGAACUUUGACCAUGCUGAGGGAGGCACCUGGAUCGGACUUAGUGAUAUCCAAAAGGAAGGAGGAUGGAUGUGGUCUGAUGGGUCUGCAGUCAAUUUUGUGUUUUGGAGUGCAGGACAGCCAGACAACACUCAAAGAAAUGAACACUGUGGUCAAAACAACAAUGAUAAAGAUAAGAAAUGGAAUGAUGGUCCAUGUUCUUCAACUCUUCCCUCUGUUUGUGUCUCUCGCAUAACCUGUCCUUAGCAACUGGGAUACUAACAUAUGUCUAAUUCAACUUGGUCACUGUCACCUGUUGACAUCCAUUAGGCCUCCACAAUAAAGAUACAAAUGUAUACUUUUA